GCAGGCAGUGUAGCCAGUAUCAAGGUCGCUGCUCUAUGCCGUUUGCUACUCGAUUUCGCUGAUGUUAAGCUUAUUGUAACAACCUCGGCAAGACAUUUUAUCAACGAGGCCGACCUGCCUCCGGAAGUCAAGCCAGUUUUCGGGGACGAGGCAGAGUGGCGGCAAUGGCGCGCUGUGGGCGACCCCGUCCUUCACAUUGAGCUGCGUCGGUGGGCAGAUAUUCUGUUGGUAGCACCGCUGUCAGCUAACACUCUGGCCAAGAUGGCCAACGGGAUGGCAGACAACCUGCUCACAUGCGUCGUACGAGCCUGGGAUUUCACCAAGCCGCUCAUGGUGGCUCCCGCCAUGAACACGGCCAUGUGGGUCUCGCCCUUCACCUCCCGCCACUUGGACACGUUGACCCAACUUGGCAGUUGCAAUUGCGGCAAUAGCAACAGCAGCAGUAGCAGCUUUGUCAUCGUUGCGCCGGUCAGUAAGCGACUUGCAUGCGGCGAUGAGGGCACAGGCGCUAUGGCGGCGCCAGAGGAUAUCGCGGCGAGGUGCCGUCAAGUGCUGCUUGGAGCUGACGGGGGAGCUGGCUGA